CGCUUGCUUACGCAGAUUGAAGUAGUAAUGGAAGCUCUUCUGCAGGGGCAAACAGAGAGGCUCUUCGUGGAUGCGGAGGAUUUCAUACUAUCUCUUUUGUGUACAUUUGGGGACUGGUACAACAGCUCGGGGCAGGCAGAGCAUCUCAGAAGCCAGUUUGCCCUGACUAACACCUCUCGUACUGCAAUGGAGUUGUUUGUUGAAGAGUGGCAGGUUUUUCUUCCUCCUCGGCAUAUAAGGGUAUUCCAGAUCUGCCCCAUCCUAGGAUUUCUGGCUGUAUUUUUAACCACACCAAUCGUCCUGGCCCGGAUCCUGUCCCGAGCUCACUUGCGGCAGCAGACUCUCUACCUUCUCCUGGCCAAUGCCUUGCUUAGUGACCUACUCUUUGUGGCUCUUUACAUGCUAACCACCUGUUUGAAUACAGCCACUGUGCUGAUGUCAGACUUGGCCUGUGCUGCCAUGCUCUUCCUGAUGGGCAUCUUUUACAGCGGUGGGCUCUUCAGCGCCACCGCCAUAGUGCUGGACACUUCCUUGGCUAUAUUAGCCCCGUUACGAUAUGCAAUGCUGUGGCCGGUCUCCAGAACCUAUGCAGUUGUCUCCGCUAUCUGGACCGUUGCUAUCUUCUUCCCUGCCGCAUCUGUGGGUCUCUUCCUGUGGUACCAUACGGUGAGCCCCUGCGCCCAACACAUCUGCUCUCUGCCUCUGGUCCUAGUGCUAACUGUUAGCCACUCGAAGCCCCUCCAGGUGUGCAUGCUGCUAACUGUCACGGCCGUCAUAAUCACCCUGCUGCUGGUGGUCUCUGGUUAUGUGGUACUGUACUGUCAUACCAGCAAGUCCGGAGUGUGGAGAGGAGAGCGGUCAUCCCGGGCUAAAGGAACAUUUCUUGUUCACUAUCUCCACCUGUUCCUGUCUGUGUGUCCCAUGCUGUUACUGGUCAUCGAGUUGCUGCUGUACAGCUACAGCAGUAAGCUACAUCCCAGUACAGGCCUCUGGGUCUCGCUGGUGCUGUGCAACAUCCUGCUGGUUUUACCCAAAGCCCUGGCACCCUACCUGUACGGGCUCAGGUACAGGGACCUGCGUGAGGCUCUGCUGGAUUUCUUUAGGCUGAAUCGACCUAGGGCCAUCACACCUGUGAUGUGAUUGCUAAAUCAUUUUUAUGGGGAUUGUGUAAAGGGGUUCAAUAGACCAUUUACGUUUCCUUAGACUUACCCUGCUAAAGAUUUCAACUGCUGUCCUAAUUCUGAUAAAAGAUUAACUUAGGUAAUCAUUGGCUAUGUUUAAAAAAGCAAUAUUUGUGCACUGCCCCAGUACUGUGUCCUAUUCCUUGUAGAAGUAUGCAGUAUAUACUAUACAGUAUCAUUUGGUAAACAGUAUUAAACAUUCAUGUGACUAUCAAUUAGUCAAAUUCACCCAUGGGUGCAGUUUUGCAGUUUUCUCAGAAUUAGAUACCAUGUUUUGUGUGGUUUUUUUUUUGUUUGUUGGUUUUUUUUUUUUUUUUAAUUAGAUACAUGAUAAUAGUGCAGUUCCACAACACCGGUUUUGGGUGUUAGCUCUGCCUGUUUUUAGCAUGCCUUCCUUUAUCUAUAUGUGCCAAUCCAUUACAAUUCUGAAAAUAAUCCGUCAAUAAGUAUAUGUGUCGUGUGUUUUUUCAAAUUCUAAAUUAUGCAUAUUGAAAUUCAAGGUUUAUUAUCACAUGUGCAUUCGUAGCAGGCACAAAGUGCAAUGAAAUGAAAUGCAGUUAGUCCAAAACCUACAACAUCUAUACAGAUGAACUAUUAGCUGUUGUGGAUAGUUGUUGGUUAGCGUUAUCUUGUUCACGUAGGCAAUAAAUAUACUGGCACUAUAAUAGUUUUCAAGUGUCUAAUUGCUGCCACUGUUUCUUCUCUUGACUAGUUUGUCACUUUUUUUUAGGAACUGGCUGUGCACUUGGAACAUGGGUUGUACAUCAACUGGGUUUUUUUUUUUUUUUUUUGCAUACGUGAAUAUUCAAAUUGUUCACAUGUUGUGUACUAGAUACUGCUUUUGAACAGGGUAUGAAUAAUAUACAUAGUUUACAUAGUACUACAGACUCUAUAGUACUAAUGUACAGUACUACAGAUUGAUGACAGUUUAAAAGAAAACUGGUAUCUCUGUUGUGCUGUAGUUGGCAUUUUACUCUCAUGGUCCACUUGUCCACUUAGAGGGAAGAGUCACUGCAUAUAAGUUAUUCUUAGCAUUCAUCGUAUAAUCCUACGAAGAAACAUUUCUAUCCUGAUGAGAUGACAAUGUGGUCUUCGCAAUCGGUACAUCUCAACCCAGCUGAUCACCUAUGUGAGAUUUUAGACCGACUUUAGAUUUUAGACUGUUCUGGAAGCUUGUGGUGGCCCAAUACCUUACUAAGACAUAUGGCUUUGAUAGUUUUUCCUUUCAUAUGUGUGUAUGUCCCUAGAGAAAAUAAAAAUUUGAACUGGCUGCAGGACCACAUGGACUGGUUUAAGGUUAGGUGGUUUACAUGUCGCUAGUUUCCACCAUUAAUGACAUGUUAAUAUGUAUGAAAUAUGUUUCCUGUACUGGAUCAGCAAUUAUGAACUAGUUUGUUACUGAAGGAUGUGUUUAUGAAUAUGCAGUGUUUCUGAAGAGUGGAGUGGCGUUUUUGUUGUUGUUGUUGUUCUUUUUAAAGACACAAAAUUCUGUGAUCCUUCCCUGCAGAGGUUUUAUGCCUUUUUUCACAUGACUUUGUAAUUUUACUUAUAUGAUUAUAUGAUUCUGGGCAAAAUUAACCAUUAUUACUAAACUGAUUAAUAUUCUUAUCCUGGGAAGCAUGUUGCACAUAUUCAUAAUAUGCUCCUUUCAACACACUUAGUACUGUGUGAUGUAUAUUAUAUGUAGUUGUAAGAGGUCAUGAUUUAUAAUUCCACUAUCAGGUGUCACAUAAAACAAAACGGGUUCCCUUCAGAGUAUGGUUCCUCUCAACAUUUCUUCCUCAUGUCCUUUUAGGGAGUUUUCCUUGCCACUGUCACCUCUGGUUUGCUCAUUAGGGAACUAAAUCUACAUGUGGAUUUCUUCAAACCUGCUUAGUUACUGUCUACUAUUAGACUGAAAAUUAAAUAAAAAUAACAUAGAACUAAAUAGAAAUCAGCAACAUGAUAGGCAAAUUUCUUAAAGAGAGUAAUCAGAAGGAUCUAAAAGUUGGGGCAUCUACAGUGGGGGAAAUAAGUUUUUUUUUGUUUUUUUUUUCAGUAAAUAUAUUUCCAAUGAGGUUAUUCACAUGAAAUUUUCAUCAGACAACAGUAUUAACUCAAGAAAUCUGGAAAUAUAAAGAAUUCACAACAUUAAAGUCCAUAUAUAGUUAUGUGUAAUAAAGUGGAAUGACACAGGAAAAAAGUAUUGAACACGCUAACUGAAAUUUAUUUAAUAUUUAAUGGAGUAAUCAUACAAUAAAUCAGUAGAUUUAAAAUAAAAUAAAAUAAAAAAAAACACCAACAGAGGGUGAUAGUGGCUUACGAUACAGGAUGUUGACGAUAAACUAAUUACAGUACUGAUGAAGUGAGGUUGAUUUCAGUGAGAACAUUUAACAUAUACAGACACAAUGUGGGAAGCUUAAUUUCUCACUGUCAAAAUAGCUGAGAGUUGUAACCCUCAAUCUCCCAGUGAGUAGCUGUCAAACAUGCUAUUCACUCAGAAGAAGUGAGAGUAAAAUGUGAAAUUAUAACAGUCUAGUUUUCCAAGGUACUGCAUACAACUGCGUCCAAGCUUGUGACCAAGCACUGAUAUAACAAAUAGCAUAAGAGACCCAGAACCUGUUGGAUAAGAUAGUGAAGGCUUAAAUGUUCCUGCAAAUGUGUACCGUGUUGCCUGUCAAAUAUCACUGUCAAAUAUACUGUGGUUUUAGUGAUUAUAAUAUGAAAACUUUAUAAAAAUGCAUUGAACAAGACAAAUGUUGAUGGCAGGCCUGGCCACCAGAGACCAAGGCAAGUAGUUUGCGAAGUAGUAACUCAGUCAUUAUACAGUUUAAAAUGGUUUUAAUAGUUUUUAAUAGUUCUCAUUUAUACUAUUUUCUCUAACCCCACCACAUGAAACUGCAGCCUCUACAGAUUUAACUUGGCCAGUCUAUAAAUACAAUUCGUACAUAAGCAGUUAAAAAAUAAAUAAAUAAACAACAACAGAAUAAGUCAAAUAUAAAGCUUAAGUUGGACAAAAU